CCCCAAAGCAGCCUACCUGCGGACCCCAAUAAGGACAUACGCCCCAGGUCCUGCCAUCUCUCUGCCUGCCCUCUGCCUUCACCUCCCGGUGUGGCCCCUCAAGGUGUCCUGUGGACCUUCUCCAGAACCUGUGCCAGCAUCUGUCUUGGUGCUCAUCUCAGCCACCCACCAUGGCCCGGGGACUGCCCAGCACCACCAGCCUGGCACGCUUCUGCCAGAAGCUGAACCGGCUGAAGACACUGGAGUCCACCAGGAAGACAUCGCUGCAGCUCUGCCUGACCACGCUGGACCUGACUCUGCUGGGUGUGGGUGCCACGGUGGGCUCGGGCCUUUACGUGCUCACAGGCACUGUAGCCAAGGAGAUGGCUGGCCCUGCAGGACUCAUGUCUUUUGUUGUGGCUGCCCUGGCCUCCCUGAUGGCAGCCCUAUGCUACACAGAAAUUGCAGUGCAUGUGCCCCGUGCGGGCUCUGCCUACCUGUUCACCUAUGCGUCCAUGGGUGAGCUGUGGGCCUUCUUCAUUGCCUGGAACAUAAUCCUCAAGCAACUCCAUGGUGGAGCUGCUGUGGCACGUCUCUGCAGCGGCUACUUGGACGCCAUCUUCAGCCACCGCAUCCGCAGUUUCACUGAGGCACAUGUGGGCAUCUGGCAGGUGCCUUUCUUGGCCCGGUACCCAGACUUCCUGGCUGCUGUUCUCAUAAUUUUAGCCUCCAUAUUUGUCUCACGCACACACCACCUCUCUUCUUGGCUCAACCCCAUCUUCCUUGCCAUCAGCCUGGUCGUCAUUCUCUUCAUCAUAAUCCUGGGGUUUCUCCUGGCCGACCCGCACAACUGGAGCCCUGAGGAGGGCGGCUUUGCACCCUUUGGCUUCUCUGGCAUCAUGAAAGGUGCCGCCACCUGCUUCUAUGCCUUUGUGGGCUUUGAUAUUGUUGCUGCCUCCAGCGAGGAGGCCUGGGACCCAAAGCGAGCCAUGCCCAUGGCCAUCGCCAUCUCUCUUGGCCUGGUGGCUGGUGCUAACAUCCUUGUCUCCACUGUGCUCACCCUCCUGGUGCCCUGGCACAGCCUGGACCCUGACUGGGCGCUCGCUGAUGCCUUCUACAAGCGGGGCUAUAGCUGGACAGGCUUCACUGUGGUGAUGGAAUCUGUUUCUGCCAUGAACAAUGUCCUGAUCAGAAACCUCCUUGCCCUGCCACGUAUGGUCUGUGUUUUGGCUGCCGACGGGCUCUUCUUCCAGGUGUUCACCCGCAUGCAUCCCCGGACCCAGGUGCCCAUUGUAGGCGUUCUGGUGCUCGGGGUCCUCAUGGCUUUCCUGGCAGUGCUGCAAGACCAAGAGGCACUGGUGCAGUUGCACUGCAUCAGUGCACUGCUGACCUACACUUUUGUCGCUGCCAGCGUUAUCCUGCUGCGCUUCCGAAAGGCCCCUCCAUCCAGUUCUCAGGACCCAGUCAACCCUGUGGACACACAGCAGGCCUCAGCCCUUGAGCCCGGGCAGCUGCGACCAGCACUGAGGCCCUACCUCGGCUUCCUGGAUGGGUGCAGACCCGGAGCCGCUGUGGCUUGGGCCCUCAGUGUCCUGGUGGCCUCAGCCAUCACCCUGGGCUGCGUGCUGGUCUUCGGGGACUCAGCCCUGCACCUCCCGCCCUGGGGCUACACCCUGCUGCUCCUGCUCAGCUCCAUCACCUUUCUGCUCAGUCUCCUCGUCCUGGGGGCCCACCAGCAACAGCGCUGGCAGGACACCUUUCAGGUUCCCAUGGUGCCCCUGACUCCCGCCCUGAGCAUCCUCCUCAACAUCUUCCUCAUGCUGCAGCUGAGCUACCUGACCUGGCUGUGCUUCUCCAUCUGGCUGCUGAUGGGACUCGUGGUGUAUUUUGGCUAUGGCAUCAGGCACAGCAGGGAGAACCAGUGGGAACAGUCAGAGGUGACUGCCCCACACGGCAGCCUGGAGGAGAUGGUGUCAGCCGUGCAACCCCCAAGACAGGCACCAGCCCAAGAGCCCGGCCACAUGGAGCAACCCGCCAGUCCUUAAGGACCUUUGGGGACCUGCCUGCCCACCCUCCCUCCCCUACCUCCUCAGGAGGCCAGAGGUUCUGGCAGCCUCUUCUAUCCAGGCUAGUUCAUG